GCGGCGGCCCUUGGACCCGGUGCCGCGCAGAGCCCGAGCCAUGGCGGCGGCGGCGGGGCAGAACAUCGCCGUGGUCGUGCACCGAGCCGGGGACCUGCGGCUGGAAGCCCGUCCAGUCCCAGAACCAGGUCCCAAUGAGGUCCUCCUGCGCAUGCAUUCCGUCGGGAUCUGCGGGUCCGACGUCCACUACUGGCAGCACGGACGGAUCGGGGAUUUUGUCGUCAAGGACCCCAUGGUGUUGGGGCACGAAGCUGCCGGGACUGUCGUCAAAGUGGGCUCAGGGGUGACUCAUCUGAAACCAGGUGACCGUGUGGCCAUCGAGCCGGGCGUCCCGAGGGAAAUGGAUGAGUUCUGCAAAACUGGCCGCUACAACCUGUCCCCAACCAUCUUCUUCUGUGCAACCCCCCCCGACGAUGGGAACUUGUGCCGCUACUACAAGCACAGUGCCAGCUACUGCUACAAGCUUCCAGAUAACGUCACCUUUGAAGAAGGAGCCCUUAUCGAGCCCCUGUCAGUGGGAAUCCAUGCCUGUAAAAGAGCAGGAGUCACUCUGGGAAGCAAAGUCUUCGUGUCUGGCUCUGGACCAAUUGGCCUCGUUAAUGUGAUUGUUGCUAAGAUGAUGGGUGCAGCUGCUGUGGUGGUCACAGAUUUAUCUGCCUCUCGCCUACAAAAGGCCAAGGAGGUGGGGGCAGAUUUUACCAUUCAAGUGAAGAACGAGACCCCUCAGGAGGUGGCCUCCAAAGUGGAAGGUGUGCUUGGCUGCAUGCCCGACAUCACUGUGGAGUGCACAGGGGUGCAGGCCUGCAUCCAGGCUGGCAUUUAUGCCACUCGUUCUGGUGGGACCUUGGUGCUGGUGGGGCUGGGGCCUGAGAUGGUGACGGUGCCCAUUGUGAAUGCUGCCGUGCGGGAGGUGGAUAUCCGGGGGAUAUUCCGCUACUGCAACACGUGGCCCGUGGCCAUUGCUCUGCUCGCAUCCAAGCGGAUCAACAUCAAGCCCUUGGUUACGCACCGCUUCCCCCUGGAGAAGGCUCUGGAGGCGUUUGAGACCACCAAGAGGGGUGAGGGGGUCAAAGUCAUGCUGAAGUGUGACCCCACUGACCAGAGUCCCUGAGCUGCUGCAGUGCCCAGCCCUCACCCCACUGCACCGGCCUGCCUGGGACGCGCAGGAUGAGGCUGCAGGAAGGAGGCUGAUGUGGGGCUGUUGUGUGUUUGCAGUCACCUUGCACAGCUGCUUCUUGUAACUAGAAAAUCAAAUGGUGAUGAGGGUGAGUGGCACUGGGAUUCACCAUUAGAGCACUAACAGGUAGCUACAAAUGGACAACCAAUAGUUUGAAUCAAAAUGUUGGGUUAGAAAUGAGGGUUUUCUCAGUUGGCUCUUCUCCUGCAGCCCCCCAGCAGAGCCUGGCUUGAUGCCUCUGUGCUGGGGGAGGUACUGGCACUCCACCUUCUCACCCUGCACUGCUCUGGCUGCAGCCCUUCCUGCAUGACAAUCCCUGGAUGUGAGAUAGCCCUGUGUGAAUAUUCCCCCUUCCCAUUGCACCCCUCAGGGAUGCUCAGGGAUUGUACAGCCUGUGGAACAAAGCCUGGCCAUCCCCCCUCCAUAGGAAGCAUCAGCACAUUCAGGUCAUUCUCUCCAUGCUCUUUGCAAAUAUCCCAAAGCUCAGAGUCCAGGGUUUUUGUGAAGCUGGUCUGGAGGCCAGCUGGGACCACAUCUGCUGUGUCACCCCCCAGCAGCUCCUUGUGGGACCACUUCAGGCUGGGAAACUGGGACUGCUGAGGGCCUUGUCCUUAUGUGGUUCCCAGGGAGGGGCUGCUGUUGGAGGAUACAGCUGCUUUUAGCACAGAGGGAAGUGCAGGGGAGCCAUAAGGGGACAGCAUCAUUCAAAGGUUUUACCACUGUGAACAAAUCAUAAUUUUUUGGGAAUAUUGAGCCUUCCUGCUGAGUUUGUGAGCCAUGAGCAAGGUACUAAUGAGGUAGCAGGUUGCAGAUAAAAUCUAAUCUUUGAUUACAGUCAUGUUAAUUUUAGUACUGAGAGAUCAGUUCCUUCCUUGGGCCGGUACUGAAUUUUCCUCAAUAAAUUCUGCCUACCUGAGACUUAC